AUGUACCUGCUGCUCUGCAUGCUGGUGCUCACAGACCUCGGCAUCUCUACCUGCGUUGUGCCAAAGGCCCUGUGUAUAUUUUGGUUCAAUUUGAAAGGUAUCACUCUGAGUGGCUGCCUCACACAAACUGCCUUCCUUGGCGUGGUUUCUGCGACGCACUCAGCCAUCCUGGUGGCAAUGGCCUUCGAUCGCUACGUUUCCAUAUGUAACCCUCUGAGAUACGCCACCAUCCUCAGCAAUGCACGGAUAGCUAAGCUAGGGCUGGUCAGUUUAAUAAGAGGGAUUGUCUAUGUGCUGCCUGUGCCCCUGGUGCUGAGCCGGCUGCCGUUCUGUGACAACCGUAUCAUCCCUCACACGUACUGUGAGGGUAUGGCUGUGGCAAAGAUUUCAUGUGGGGACCUCACAUUCCUCAGGCUCUAUGGCUUGGUGAUGGGACUUGUCCUUACUGGGAUAGACCUGUUGCUCAUUGCCCUGUCCUACUGUCUGAUCAUCAGGGUCAUUUUUAGUAUCUCUUCCAGGAAAGCCCACCUGAAAGCCCUCAACACCUGCACAGCCCACAUCGGUGUUAUGCUGAUGUCUUAUACUCAAUACCUCUUCUCCAACCUGACACAUCGGUUUGGUCAGGACAUCGCUCCCCACGUUCACAUCAUCUUGGUCAACGUCUAUGUCCUUGUCCCUCCCAUGCUCAACCCCAUCAUUUAUGGGGUCAAAACCCAAGAGCUCCGUGACAAAAUGAGGAAAAACAUCUGCAGAAUGUGA